AUGGUUAAGCGAUAUAGUACGGCUAUUGAUACAGCAGAGGAAAGAAGUGAAUCGAAAGAUGAUAGUGAUGAUGAACAACCAGUUAACACAAAUGAUGACGACGUGGAAAAAGAUAAACAAAACAACGUAAGUUUACAAGAGCAAAAGAAACCAAACGAUAAAAAAUCAUCACGUGUAUCAACAAACGAUGAUUUAAUGGCGUCGUCUGCAAAUCAACGGACAUCAGAUCAGUCUCGACAAACACAAGAAAAAGAACAAGAUGGAGUAUAUCAAAUUCAUGGAAAACGUCAACGAAAAGAACCGGAAAGGUUUAAAUCAUGA